AUGGCGCUAGAUCUUGACGCAGGGUAUGUGGCUCCUGGCCUGGGGUCAGGCAAUGGAGUCGAGACGACGCUGCCCAUCUUCAACGUUGAACGAGUGCAGCUGCAGUUCAACAUCGCUUCCGACUUUGUCGCCGGUCAGGUUGCCAACAAUGUCCUGAUCCUUGCCCUCGCUACAGGGCGCAUUCUUCGCAUAGAUCUAGAGAGCCCCUCGGACAUUGAUGACGUUGACCUCCCCAAGAAGACGAGCGAGGUCGGCCUCAUCCGCCGUCUGUUCCUCGACCCUUCGGCAUUUCAUCUGAUCAUUUCUACCACCCUGGGCGAGAACUUCUACCUCCAUAGCCAGUCGAAGCAGCCCAAGGCCUUGUCCAGAUUAAAGGGUGUGUCCAUUGAGUCAAUCGCCUGGAAUCCCUCACAACCAACCGCGUCUACCCGAGAGAUCUUGGUAGGGGGCACAGACGGCAAUGUCUACGAGAUAUAUAUUGAGCCGGCAUCAGAAUUCUACAGGCGGGAGGAACGGUACUGCACACAGGUGUGGAAGAUCCCAGACGGCGCCGUGACGGGCCUCUGGGCAGAGACAAUUGAUGGCAAGGCCGAAGUGCGGAGGGUCAUGGUGGCAUCGCAUACACGGCUAUGUCACUGGAUAGGAAAGACGAGCGGCCGGGGAAAAGAAGGCUCAGCGUCGAUUUAUGCGGACCUCUUCUCGAAAGAAGCACCUACCGUUCAUGACACUACCGGCGCCACGGCAAAUGCGCCCUCGUCCUUCUCCGUGUCGCCUGAGUCGCAGGACGCUGGGGGCGAGUCGUCCCGCGGCUUUGCGUGGCUGUACUCUCAGGGCGUGCUCACCGGCAAGCUGUCCACCUCGCCUGCGUCAUCCGCUCUAGGCAACAAGAUUUUCGGCGAGUCCAAGCUACAUCCCCGCUCCGUGUUUCCAGAGACGAUAUCUGCACGUGGAGGACGGAAACUGAUCCAAGACCCCAUCGUCUCGGCCGUCUUGUCACAAUGGCACGUUCUGGCACUUGCGGAAGGUCGCAUCGUUGCCGUCAACCGUCUUGACGGUAGCGUCGUCUACGACCAGACGGUCCUGGAGCCCGGCCAGACUGCACUAGGGUUGGUGGCAGACCAGAAGAAGAACACCUACUGGCUGUUCACGAACCAGGAAAUAUUCGAGGUGGUUGCCAACGAGGAGGAGCGGGACAUUUGGAAGAUCAUGUUGAAACAACAAGACUACGACGCGGCGCUCCGCUAUGCCAAAGGAGCGGCACAGAAAGAUUCGGUUGCGACCGCUUCAGGCGAUUUCUUGUCGAGCAAGGGCCAAUAUCUCGAGGCAGCAGGUGUAUGGGGCAAGAGCAGCAAGGCAUUUGAAGAGGUCUGCCUGUCAUUGAUCGACAACGGGCAAGAAGAUGCCCUGCGAAAGUACUUGACGGCUAAACUGGGCUCGUACAAGAAGUCCUCGAUCAUGCAACGGGUGAUGAUAGCGACGUGGCUCGUCCAGAUAUUCAUGGCCAAGCUGAAUUCCUUGGACGAUAUGGUGGCGACCAAGGCGGAGCUGCUCGAGGAUACCGAUGCUGGUGGAGCGAAGCGAGACCUUGAGAAGACCAGAGGCGAGUUCCAGGACUUUGUGGCCCGGCACAAGUCAGAUCUCGAUGCACAGACGGUGUAUGAAGUCAUUUCCAGCCACGACCGGGAGGACGAGUUGCUCUUCUUUGCCAACACCAUCACCGACUACGACUACGUCCUGUCGUACUGGGUACAACGAGAAAAGUGGAACGAAGCACUCUCGGUGCUCAACAAGCAGAGCAACCCGGAAACAUUCUACCGGUAUAGUAAUGUGCUCAUGGCGCACGUUGCAACAGGCCUGGUGGAAAUCCUCAUGCGGAGGAGCAACAUCGAUCCGCAGAAGCUGAUCCCAGCACUCCUCAGCUACAACGAAAAUGCUGACGUGCCGUUGACCCAGAACCAAGCGGUGCGAUACUUGAAUUUUGUUGUGACAAACAACUUCGAGGUCCCGGCGUCGGUGCACAAUGCCCUUAUUUCGAUCAUGGCGUCGCAUCCGUCGGCGUCGGAAAACAUGCUCCUGGGUUAUCUCGAGAGCCAGCCGUCUCCACCUUUCUACGAUGCUGAUUUUGCUCUACGGCUGUGCAUUCAGCAUAAUCGGGUCCAGUCAUGCGUACACAUAUACAGCGCCAUGGGACAGUAUCAGCAAGCCGUUGAACUCGCUCUGCAACACGACGAUAUUGACCUGGCUGCAAUCGUCGCGGACCGACUUGAAGACAAUGACAAAUUGCGCAAGAGACUAUGGCUGCUCAUAGCGGAGAAGAAGAUCAAGGAGGCGUCGUCUAUCAAGGAGGCAAUCAGCUUCCUGAAGCGAUGCGAGCUGCUCAAGAUUGAAGACCUGAUUCCCUUCUUCCCGGACUUUGUGGUCAUCGACGACUUCAGGGAAGAGAUCUGUGAGGCAUUGGAGGAGUACUCCCGACAUAUCGACAACCUGAAGCAGGAGAUGGACAUAUCACAGCACACAGCGGAGCAAAUCAAAGCAGAGAUCGCGGCCCUGGAUCGUCGCUAUGCCAUUGUCGAAGCCGGAGAACGGUGCUGGAUCUGUACACUGCCCGUGCUGAGCCGGCAGUUCUUUGUGUUUCCGUGUCAGCACGCAUUUCACAGCGACUGUCUUGGCAAGCGAGUGCUGGAGAGCUCGGGAAGCAGCAAGAGGAAGCACAUAAAGGAUUUGCAGACCGAAGUCAACCAGGGCUUGAGUAUGGGAGUGCAGCGGCAGAAACUGGUGGCCGAGCUGGACGGAUUAGUCGCUGAGCAAUGCGUGCUCUGUGGGGACUUGGGCAUCAAACAGAUUGAUGAACCGUUCAUCCACGAGGGGGACGAUGUUGAUGCAUGGGCUAUCUGA